AUGGAACUUAGUUCUGGCUCUAGUUGGAGUACUUCACCCUUUGAAGAGUCGCCCACACAUAAACCGCCAUAUUCGCUAGAUCCAGCGGAAACAAUUCCCAAUCUACGGUCUAAAGUUAUUCGUCGUCAAUCUAAUCGCUUAUUCCCAACUACACAUUGGUUGGUUGAUAUGAUGGAAGAAAGACUUGUUCGUUGGAGACCCGCUUCCAGCCAAAACAACAUCGGUCUUGCAUUGGAUGGAACACACCCUUACCAACAGGACCAAAUGACACAAGAAAAUACCCCUAUAGUGACCAAGAAUAAGGCGCCUGACAUCGAGAGCGUUAAAAACGAGUCACUGGUUUUUCCAGCGCAUAAGCCCGACCAAUUGCUGGGCAACAGCACAUUGAGAUGGAUCCAGGACCUCAACAGCUCUUUCGAUGUGAACGACUUCUCGCCAGACUUUGCAGAGUCAAACCAUUCGUUCAAAUGUCUAGGCACUACAACCGUGAAUUUCGGGAAUCAGACUCUCGAAAAUAACGUCAUUACCGCAUCGCCUUUGGAGAUCGACCGACAUAUGGCAGAGCUUACAAAGGGACAGGUGCCCGAGAUUGCUGGACAACCUUCCCAAUUCAACCAAAACGAGCCGAGCGACGAAUUGCCCUGGUACGACCUGUCAUGGAUGUUUGGAUGCUACUGA